UCGUCUGUCAGUGAUUGUUGAUACUGCUUCUGUGGAGGAAGAGCACAUCCAGUCUGCUCGGAAGCUACUCAAGUUCAUACAGCGUUUUUGUUGCCCAGAAUAGCCUUCGUAUCGCAGCCUGGGUACGCUAACAGGUCACUUAUUUUAGGAAGAAAAGCUCUACCGGAAAGGAUGCUGUGGCCCCGCCUCUAGAUGAGUGACAGACGAGGAUGGGCCUGAGAGGGAGGGGCCUUUGGUGAAGAGAGGAGCGGCAGACCAGAGCGAGGCGCAGCUGAGAACGGACCGACACCCCCCACCCCUUCCACCGCACCAUGAACUGGCCUGCCUCCUGAACACCCCCCCGCCCGCCGAACACGCACACCCCGCACUGACACGCGCACCUCUCGCGGCAGGCCGCCAUGGGCUCGGUGUACCUGUGGAAGCUGUCGUCGCAGAAGCUGGGCUUCUUCCUGGUGAGCUUCGGCUUCAUCUGGGGCAUGAUGCUGCUGCACUUCACCAUCCAGCAGCGCGCCACGCACGAGAGCAGCACCGCCCUGCGGCAGCAGAUCCUGGACCUCAGCAAGCGCUACAUCAAGGCCCUGGCUGAGGAGAACCAGGGCGUGAUGGACGGGCCCUACGUGGGGACCAUGACCGCCUACGACCUGAAGAAGACCCUGGCCGUGCUGCUGGACAACAUCCUGCUGCGUCUGGGCAAGCUGGAGUCCAAGGUGGACAACAUCAUCUACAACGGCACGGGCGGCAACCUGACCAACGGCACCGCCGCGGGCACCGCCACCGCCCCGCCCGGCGCCGGGAACACGGAGAAGGUCAACGUGGCAGACCUCCUGAACGGAGCCCAGGAGAAGUGUGAGCUGCCAGCCCUGGAUGGCUUCCCCCACUGCGAGGGCAAGCUAAAGUGGAUGAAGGACAUGUGGCGGUCAGACUCCUGCUAUAGCAACUACGGUGUUGACGGCUCCACCUGUUCCUUCUUUAUCUACCUGAGUGAGGUGGAGAACUGGUGCCCUCGCCUGCCCUGGAGAGUGAAGAAGGAGGAGAUGUCUGAGAGUCAGACGGAGAUCCGGACCAGCUUCGACGAGCUGUACCGCGUCAUGUCGCGACGGGAGGAGUUCCGCUGGAUGAUGCUGCGCAUCAAGCGCAUGGCGGAGCCCUGGCUCAGCGCCGUCCGCUCGCUGGCGGAGAAGCAGGACCUCAGCAAGCGCAAGCGCAAGAAGAUCCUGGUGCACCUGGGCCUGCUGACCAAGGAGUCCGGGUUCAAGAUCGCGGAGAACGCCUUCAGCGGCGGGCCCCUGGGGGAGCUGGUGCAGUGGAGUGACGUCAUCACCACCCUCUACCUGCUGGGCCACGACGUCCGCAUCUCCGCCUCGCUGGCUGAGCUCAAAGAGAUCAUGAGGAAGGUGAUGGGGAACAAGUCCAGUUGCCCCACCCAGGGGGACAGAGUGGUGGAACUCAUCUACAUCGACAUUGUGGGCCUGACGCAGUUCAAGAAGACACUCGGCCCGUCCUGGGUCCACUAUCAGUGUAUGCUGCGGGUGUUGGAUUCCUUCGGUACCGAGCCCGAGUUCAACCACGCCCACUAUGCCCAGUCGAAGGGCCACAAGACCCCCUGGGGCAAGUGGAACCUCAACCCUCAGCAGUUCAAUACCAUGUUCCCCCAUACCCCAGACAACAGCUUCUUGGGCUUUGUGGUGGAGCAACAUCUGAAUGCCAGCGACAUCAAACACAUCGACGACAUCAAGAGACAGAACCAGUCCCUGGUUUACGGGAAGGUGGACAACUUCUGGAAGGACAAGAAGGAGUACCUGGACAUCAUUCACAGCUACACGGAGGUCCACGGCACUGUGCACGGGACCAGCACAGUCCACCUGCCCGCCUACGUCAAGAACCACGGCAUCCUGAGCGGCCGGGACCUGCAGUUCCUGCUGAGGGAAACCAAGCUGUUUGUGGGGCUUUCCUUCCCCUAUGAAGGCCCCGCCCCACUGGAGGCCAUCGCCAAUGGGUGUGCUUUCCUCAACCCCAAGUUCAACCCUCCAAAAAGCAGCAAGAACACGGACUUCUUCAAGGGCAAGCCCACAUUCCGAGAGCUGACCUCCCAGCACCCAUACGCAGAGGUGUAUAUCGGUCAGCCGCACGUGUGGACGGUCAACAUCGAAGACACCGCUGAGGUGGAGAGAGCUGUCAAGGCCAUCCUGAGCCAGAAGAUCGAGCCCUACCUUCCCUACGAGUUCACCUGUGAGGGGAUGCUCCAGAGAGUCAACGCUUUCAUCGAGAAACAGGACUUCUGCCACGGCCAGGUGAUGUGGCCCCCACUGAGCGCGCUCCAGGUGAAGCUGGCCGAGCCGGGGAAGUCCUGCAAGCAGGUGUGCCAGGAGGACCAGCUCAUCUGCGAGCCCUCAUUCUUCCAGCACCUCAACAAGGACAAGGACCUGGCCAGGUUUGGGCUGGACUGCCAGUCGGUGGAGUCGGCGAGCGACACCGUGGUGCCGGCGUACAGCGAAUCGGGCCGGCACUGUGUGUUCCAGUCGGACCUGCUGCUGUUCAGCUGCGCCGGGGCGCACCCGACCCUCAAACGGGUCUGCCCCUGUCGAGACUACAUGAAGGGCCAGGUGGCGCUCUGCAAAGACUGCCUAUAGCGUCCGCCCUCCACCCCC